AUGCUCAAUGCCCUACUUUUAUCGCUGGCGGCUGCACCGACACUGCUGUUCGCGGCGUCAUCAAACAGCUACGGAACCACGACCAUCGACUGCCCCGUCAACGAGCGGCCCGCGAUCAGAGACUUCCAGUCCCUCUCCGCAGACGAGAAGCUUUGGACCCAGAAACGACGGGCGAAUACCAUACCUGCCUUGCGCGAUCUAAUCAAGCGACUUGAUAUCGCCGACUUUGACUCGGACGGCUACUUUGACAGCGCGAAGGAUGUCUCUGCGUUGCCCAACAUCGGCAUUGCCCUGUCAGGAGGCGGGUGGCGUGCUCUCAUGAACGGAGCCGGAGCCAUCGCCGCGUACGAUCAGCGCACGCCUGGUUCUACCGGUGCGGGACAGCUCGGCGGUCUUUUGCAGUCCGCAACAUACCUCACGGGGUUGUCUGGUGGCGGAUGGCUCGUGUCUUCCCUAUACGCCAACGACUUCCCCUCGGUGCAGAGUAUUGUCGACACGCGUAACUCGACCUCCAUUUGGCAGUUCCAGAACUCCAUUUUUGAGGGGCCCGAUAUGGGCGACACCGGUUCUUCGAAUGCUGGAGCAUAUUUUGAGGCGAUCGUUGACCAAGUCGCUGCAAAGGUUGACAGUGGUUUCAAUACUACUCUAACCGACUUCUGGGGCCGGGCGUUGUCGUUCCAACUGAUUGAUGCCUUUGGGAAAUCCGUUUCAACAUUUUCCUCGAUCCAAAACAUGACCGGAUUCGCUGCCGCCGAACAUCCCUUACCAAUCCUCGUGGCCGAUGAGCGCGAGGAAGGCCAGUCCGUCCUAUUCUCGACCAACACCACCAAUUACGAGUUCACACCGUGGGAGCUGGGGUCUUUCGACUCCGUCGGAUUUGUUCCUCUUCAAUUUGUUGGAUCCGAGUUCGAAGCUGGCAAAGUCGCGUCUCACGGAAAAUGUGUGACUGGAUUUGACCAGUUGAGCUUCGUCUUUGGAACCUCAAGUUCAUUAUUCAACCAGUUCCUACUCCAUAUCAACAGUACCGACAUGGUACCAGCCAUACUCAAGGAUUCCCUGACCAGUAUUCUUGUCGAUCUGGACCAAACCCAAAUGGAUGUUGCCAAUUGGUCACCGAAUCCAUUCUACCACUGGAACAAUGCAACGAACGCGAAUUCACAGACGAAACAGUUGACUCUCGUUGACGGCGGCGAGGACCUCCAGAACAUCCCUUUCACACCUCUGCUACAGCCCGCGCGCGAAGUCGACGUCAUCUUUGCCGUCGACUCCUCAGCCGACACACUAGAUCGCGAGGGGCCAAACUGGCCAAACGGAACUGCGAUGGUGGCCACCUACGAGCGUUCGCUAUUUCAAGACGACGGUACCACGUUCCCUCCGGUACCCGAUGUUAACACUUUCAUCAAUCUGGGGCUAAACUCCCGUCCUACCAUGUUCGGAUGCGAUGCCGCGAACCUGACCGCCAACAGCACCGCGCCACUGGUUGUUUACCUCCCCCAUUCGCCUUACGUGUUCAACUCGAACGUGUCGACCUUCACACCAAGUUACCAACUCGAUGUUCGGAAUGCCAUCAUCCGGAACGGGUAUGAUGUCGCCACGAGGGGCAACGCUACGGUUGACGCGCAGUGGCCUACGUGCGUCGGAUGUGCCAUCAUGUCUCGGAGCUGGGAUAGGACAAAUGCGACUGUACCCGGGGUGUGCCGUGACUGUUUUUCGAAGUAUUGUUGGGAUGGAGCAACAAAUUCUACAACACCGGGUCCGUACACUCCGCGCAUGCUUCUGGAGGCAGUCAAGGUGGAGGGCAUCGCCGGGACGAUAAAGCCGAUGUCUGGACUCUCCUUUGUUGCCACAGCUCUAGCAUUGGUGGUUAUUGGGUUCUAG